AAGAAGAAGAAGAAGAAAAAACACCCAAUAAACUAACUAUUGUAUAUAUAAGUAGAUGGAUACAAAUUCUAUUUAGAGAAUCAGUUAGUUAUUACUAGAAUAAUCAUUACAAAGUUUAUUAGUUUUUAUCAUCUUUUGUGAAUUGUUUCUUAUAUAUUAUGACAACAUUAAAUAGAGCCAUUGUAAAAACUAGUAAUCUACCAGCUAAUAUGCAAGAUGAUGCAGUUAAACAAUGUUUAAAAGCAAUGUUAACAUGUCGACAUGAUAAAGAUAUAGCUGCUUAUUUACGAAAUCAAUUCAAUCAAAAAUAUGGACGUACAUGGCAUUGUAUUGUUGGAGGCAGCUUCGGAAGUAAUGUUAGUCAUGUGGAAACUGGAUUGAUUUAUUUCUUAUUGGGACGAAAAUCUAUUCUUCUAUUCAGAUCAGAAAACAUUAAUUGAAGAUGUUAAUCUAUGUUGAAUAUUGUAUUGAGUACAUAAAGUUAGUGAUGUACUUUAAUUGGAUUUUUAUUUAGCAAAAGUUAUUUAAUUAUCAACAAAUACAACUUAUAUGAG